GGGUAUACGCGCAACGCGGGUCUACCUGGGCAGCGGCGAGGGGCCGGACCGCGGGGAGAGAAGUCCCGUUUUCAGUGUCACGGGUGAGUGGCCGGCUGGCUUGCUCGGUCUCAAGAAGGUCAGUCUAGCCCGAGUAGCGGCUCACACAGCAGCCCCGUCUGCCACAGUGCGCGCUUCCCCUCCGCGACAACGCCGUCACAGUUGUGCGGACCACCGCUGCAGGAGCAGCAGCCGGCAUCCCAUUGAGAACUGUCGCGUUAGUGUCCGAUACCGGCGCCUGUGGAAACGCGCGCGCAAGCCCCGCCUGAGGGAACGGAAGGAGUCGCCCCGUCGGGUUGUACGCUAACUGCAAACCGCCCACACGCCACUGACAGAGCGUGUGGUCGGCGCAGCGACGAUACGGUCGCGAAAGUAGCGUCGCGCUCCCCGACCCUUCUUUUCCCGAGGAAAUCUCAUCAAGCGAAGGAAACCCACAGAGAGAACGCGAGUGGAAGAAGAGAGAAGACGGCCAAGAGCAGGAGGAUUACCACCGCCACAGUGUGAGAAGAAAAAAAAAACAACGAAAAAAGGGAGGGAGACGCAACCCAAUUCCUCUGCAGUGCACCCGUCAUCGCACAACAGCUGCUUCUGACUUCUUUGGUCGCCGCGCGCGUUGUCGCUCCUCGUGUUCGCCGGAUUACGGACUGCCAGCGGGGGUCGUGGACCUCGGCACCGAAAUCGAAGCGAAAUGUUGCGACGAAAAAGAUGCCACGGGAAGAACCUGGCGGCCGCGGUAGUGGUGUUGCUCAGUCUGAAUUCGAUCACUGGAACAUCCGCACAGAUAGACAGGCCAAACAGAGAGCCGAGUGACAGCGCAAAUCGUAUUCCUUGGCCUGUUUACCAGCACAGCACCGCAUCCAACGCUCCCGAGCUCAAUCAGAACAGGCCACAGGAGGCUCCUAAACAGAGACCUCGCCUCUCUGAUUCCCUAUUACCGCCGUCAUUCAUUAAAGUAAUCAAUUCUGUCAGCUCUCCCGACUGGGAAACAACAACGCCAGCAGGGCCUCGAGCCGUUGUUUUGACAACUUCCACGACGACGACCACUACAACAACCACGACUACGCCACCGCCUCCGCCUCCUCCUCCAUCAACAACGGCAUCAUUGCCUACAAGCCCCGCCUACUACCAACGUGGCCAACCACCGGAGGUCGACCCGUUAAGCCCCAGUGCCUGGAAGGCUUUACCAGAGAGCCCUCCCUUCCCCAAGAGGUCCAGGCUGCAGGCAAAAAGACGACGAAAGCUGAGGCCCAAGCAGGAAACGACGGUCAAAGAGCGCACGCUGUUCACUACCGAGCAGGCAACCGAGGCCUCCACUACCGCGCAUCCUACGAGAAAGUUUGGCGUGACUCGUCGCCAGCUUCCAUCACUCGUUCGUGGCUAUAGAAGCAAGCCCACCAAGACCACGCCGCCUACGACGACGUCACCGAGAAGGGCCUACGUGAGACCCGCGUUGCCGGGGAGGAAGUACACUCCAAUCAUUCCACGUCGACCUGUGCUGGCGACGACGACCAGCACCACGUCUUCCUCCACAAGUAGUUCGACGACAACGACUACAACAACGUCGACUAGGCGGCCUUUCGUCUUCGGCGAGCGCAAGGUUCCGUCCUGGUACGGCCAGACGAGCACAAGCACCACCUCGACGACAACGAACCGCCCGCUGCUGUCAACUCCCCUUUCCAGACUGGGACGGAGACCACCGAGCCUACGCUACAAGGCCGAUGACUUGUCACCAGGGUUCGGGCCUCGAUCGAGGUUGUCCCUGCGUCCACUGCCAUCCGUGAUUAGGGACAACGUGCCUCAGACAGUCGAGAAGGACGAGUUGGAACUAUCUCAGUCCGUUCAAAGGCCAAAUGGUCGAAGGCGCCUGGUAAACGAUGUGCCCGCAGGGGUACAUUUACAUAAGGGUCAAGUACCCGAUGUACCAUCACCGCAAAUAGCCAACAACGAAACAGAGACGGUAAAGUACGAAGGCAGGCACGGUGGCUCUGAUGAAGGCGGUGAAGUAGUACGCUUUGUGGCCAUACCACAUUUCGUGGAAGGAAACGUCCCAUCGAGGAGGGCCGAUUUCAAGGAGAGUCCGAGAGUUCCUUUCAGGAGGAUCUUCAGAAACCCUUUUGUGGUUCCUGUAAGAAGGAGGUACCCUUACGCCGGACCAGUAGCCGUCUUCCCGCCGUCCCUGUCCUCCGUUGAAGACAGCAGUAGCCAGGACGAAGAGGUUGUCCGCAUUCCGGUGCAAAGGCCAGAGAGCGGCACCUACCCAGCGAUGCAACCGCCCCCUGCCCUGCCGCUUCGUGUGGUGCGGCCGGCGUAUCCGGGAGCUGUGGGGCACCAGGCUAGCGCGCCGGCGCCACCGCCAAACAACGCUGUCCACGAGUCGGCGUACGCGCUACCGCGGCCGCCCAUGGGCCUGGGCAGUGCCAACCUGCCCAGCCGCGUGAGCCGUCCCAAGCCGGAGGAGCCGCGCUGCGACCGCUUCUCCGAAGACAUCUGCCUCGACGACUUCGAGUACCCGACGGCAGCCAUCCUGGACGCGAUCAGCCGGCAGCGAGCCCGCUUCGACACCAUGUACGCGGAGGUCCGCGAUCGGAGCCCCCAGGUGGACGGCGUCACGCGCAAGCAGGAAGAACGCUAUACGCAGCGCCACUACUUCGGCGCCGCCGAACGCGACAACCGUCCACGGGAUUACGCACCCGAGGGCGGGUUCCUGUGCCCGUCGGAGAUCCUGUACGAGCGGCCGCGCCGGGCCCGCAACCACCUAGGCGUGUGGAAGGUCAUCGUCAACAUUGGCGAGUACCGCCAGACCAUGCGCCUGGAGAAGUGCCUGAGACCGAAUCAGCCAUGCUCGUACGUCCUCGAGAAAUACCAGAGCUCGUGCAGCCAAGUGUACAGCUACCAGCGGCUGCUCACCUUCGAGAAAGGCAAAGGGCUGCACAUCGACAUCUUCCGCGUCCCGUCAGGCUGCUCCUGCCACGUGAAGGGCUUCAGCCCCUACCAACGCCACGAUGAGCCGGUCGCACCGAUACGGCAACAGCCGCCGUUCGAGUAUGACCGCACCACGUACACCAGUGCAACUAGCCUGGCAGCUGCCAAAGAGCCCAGCAAUGGAGGCGGGAAAGGGAACAACACGCUCUGGAUAAUCUUGGGCAAUGGAAAAGAUCUCGAUCCGGAAACCAAGGAGCGGCUCGUGCAACAGCUCCGGCAGUACCCGCAGCUCGCCGAGCAGUUGCCGCAGGGAGAGAACGUCCGAGAGCUGGUGAAUGAGGCGGACGAGUACCAGAGGCCGUACACGAGGACCGAGCCGACUCGGGUGCCCAGCUACGGGGUCCACCACUAUGGCAGCACCCACAAGACGCGAGGGGAGAGACCGCAGCUGCUGAAUGCCGGCGCCGCGCCGCCUCGGUGGGCGCAGGGCCCCGUGGCGAACGAGCCCUUCAAGUACGUGCAGCCCAACCGCAUACGGAGGCCCCCGCCUCCUCCUCCACAGCCGCCCAGCGACUACGAGGCUGAGGAGGGCCUCCCGCCCGGCGCCAGGCCGCGCUACUAUCAGAAGCCCUUUAAAGCAUCUGAGGAGGACGCGCUGUUUACGAGGAGCAGCGGGGGCACGACGUUCGUGGUGCUCAGGCAGAUAGAGCCGCUGUCACGCAGGUACCACGAGCCGGCGCGGGAGCGGCACCCGCACGUCGGCCAGGCGUCGCAGGGUUCGGCGGACGUGCGGCUGGCCCACGGGCAGAGCGCGGCGCCGCGGGGCGACGUGCUGCUCGUGGAGCCGGUGCGCCAGAGGCCGUACGGCAAGCGCUUCCAAGUGGUCACCACCACCGAGCCGUCCACGACCAGGGACGUGGCGAAGAAGAUCAACUUCUCCUAUCACCCCAUCAUCGACUACAUCACCAGAUAGCCGCCGCGCGGAGCAAUCUCGUUCAUCCGUUUCGACGUCAUGCUUGCCCUUUUGUUGCCCCCACUUUCUUUUCGCUCACACGAAAGUGGCUGAUCGAUGCGGUAACCGUAGUCAAGGUGUACGCCCUCGUGCGCGGGACACCAUGGGAUGCACCCGCCGUGUACCGUCCAGCGCUUCAAGGCCGGACUCGACACCCGCAGCAUCAUAGCUGCACGGUUUAUAUCACCUGGCACCCCGUGAUUGCUUUUUUUGUCGAGCUUACAUUUAUUGUGCGAGCGAAACGCAAAAUAACGUCCCGUAAAGCUUCGAAGCUUAAUGGCUUAAAAAAGACCAAUGGCGGUACAAUGGUCAAACGGUGUUCGGUGAUGGAAAACUGAACGCAUUUAUGAUGUAAAGUAACAGUCAACCACGCAGUUCCCACAAGGGCGUCUAUUUAUCAGCUAAGUGGUACGGCUUUUCAUGUGAGAAGGCUUCUGCAAAUCUAUUAGUCUAAGUUUAACAAGAGGUUCUCAGUGUAACGAGGCCUUCCAUCUUUUUUGUAUGUGUGCGUUUGCUUGUUGUAAUUUCUGAAGCCCUGUGCGCACCAAGGAGCAAGAAAAAGAUCUGAAUUAUAAAAUUAGCCUCGUUAACUUGGGGACCUCUCGACAUACUGAACAUUUGUUUUUUUUUUUUACACUUUAAGCAUCCGUCUGUAUAUUCAAGAUUAUUAUAUGGAGAAGACUACUUGACUGACAAGGCUGCCUAUGUUUGUGCCUACGAACCCACGAACAGUUCAAAUGACCUUCUCACUAUGGGCUCAGCGUACUUACGCUUUUCCUUGUGCUUAACUUGAUUGUAAAGCAUUGUUUCAAUCAAGGCUUUACAUAUGGCGUUACUUGGGCAAUAAGCAAGGUAAUACUUGCCUCUUAGGUUGAUGUUUAGAACAUCUACGUGCUGUUUGUGCCGUUAUUACAUAUAACAAUCUUCAACAAACAUAAAAAACUGCAAUUAAUAUUUCACUCUUCCCUGUUUCGCGAAAGCUAUCUGACAAUGCUACGUCUUUCAGAGCCAAUAUGGUGCCUUGGCUGUGAAGAAGCUUUGUGCAUAUAUGUACGCACUUUCUUGUGUUUUUGUUUGUUUGUUUUUAGUAUUCCGUCUAGCCGACGUGUAGCUGUAUUUGCAAUCAAUUAUGGCGUAGUAGGUACAAAAGUUUUCAUUAUUUGUGGUUUUACUAUUUGUUUAGGGCUGGUUUAAGCCUUAACAUCAGGAGCCAAAUUCACAAAGCUUUUCUGCUAGCAAGUGACGUGUGCAUAUGGUUGGUCGCUUUCGCCAAUAAUAUGCCCAACAUCACGCAUUUGCACUUUCAAGCAGUUUUAGCGAAGCAGCUUUUAUUUUUUUUCUGAAAUCACAAAAAUAUAUUUAGCUCUGAUUGUUUCUAAGAGGAAAUUCCACCCAAACCUGAUACUGGACACCGCCGGCCAGUGGCGGCGAUCACGUACGAACGUAAAAGCAUCGUGAAUUCGGUCCCAGUUGUCGAAAUCACAAAGCUUUUCGUUUGUAAGUUAUUUUUGCGAUUGGUUGGCUAUGUUCUGUAAUAUUAUGUCCAGCGUCAGCAUUGGCUCGCAUUUGUUCUUAUGAACAAUUACAGCGUAAGAGGUAUUUUUUGUGUAUAAAGGCCCAGGUUCUCGCAUUUACCAAAAACCUACGCAAACGCAUGAAAAAUAAUUUGAUGAGCACGCUACAGCUUUCACCUCAUAAUGUUUCCACACCUCACGUGUCUUCGCACCAAAAUCAGAUGAUUUACAGAUUCUUGAAGCUUGCAAUGUAAUUUCUGAAUAGGAACGUUUGAAGUUUUUUUGAGCAAGCCGAAGAGGCGCGUAAUAUAAAAAUAUAAGAGGAAAGUCCGUUGCUACUGUUAUGUCUGCUUUUAAAAGAAAUAUUUUUAUACUGUUGAUAGUACAGGAUAUGCACAAAACCAAAGCUUACUAACCGCUGAUUGUACGCAAUACCUAAAUACAUAUACGGCAUUCAUGAGUAAUUAACGCAUUUUUGAGCGACGAGGAGCAAGUACUCUUAAGAAAUUAACUUCCUUAGUUCUUUAGAAGGCCUGUUUUGUGAAUGAUUCACUGAGCUGGAAAAAAAGUAUAAUGCUAUGCUUUUCCCUCAACCCGUCGCCAAGGUGUUGCUUUUACUCUGAAGCCUUUUUCUUUCUUUUUAUUUGUGUGUGUCGUGCUGUGUGAAUAGUCGUGUUGUGUGCCUUGUUGUACAGUAGUUCCUUGUUCGCUACUACUGCCAUCGUGCUUGCGUCGCAAGCUCACGUUUGCACCUUAUUUAUUGUUGUACCAUAGGCGCUCUGUCCUUUUUUUUUUCAUGUGAUCGCGUCGCUAAUCGCAAGACUGUAGCAGGCAUUGUUGUAUUUCAUUUUUAAACGAGUUCAUAUACGCAAAGGAUAUGUAUAUGCUGUUGCUAAUAAAGAAGUACACAGCGUAUUCAAAA